CCUCACCGCGUGAGGCCGGCUCCGCUGCCACCGCCCCGGGGUGCAGCCCUCAUCCCAUUGAGCUUCCGCCAUCAUGCUGCUGCCCGUGUUCACCCUGAAACUGCGCCACAAAAUCAUCCCCCGCAUGGUGGCCGUCGGGCGCUACGACGGGACUCACCCGUGCUUGACGGCCGCCACCCAAGCCGGCAAGGUUUUUAUUCACAAUCCUCAUCUACGGAGCCAUUAUUCCAGUGCAUCCAGGGUCUCCCAAAGCCCCUUGGAGUCUGAUGUUUCACUUCUCAACAUUAACCAGGCAGUAAGCUGCCUCACUGCAGGAGUAUUGAACCCCGACAUUGGCUGUGAUUCUCUGUUAGUGGGAACACAGACUAAUCUCUUGGCAUAUGAUGUCCACAAUAAUUCAGAUUUGUUCUACAGAGAGGCAAUAGAUGGGGCUAAUGCAGUUGUGCUGGGAACACUGGGAGAUAUUUCCUCUCCUCUGGCGAUCAUUGGUGGAAAUUGUGCUUUGCAGGGUUUUGAUCAUGAAGGAAAUGAUCUGUUCUGGACGGUUACUGGAGAUAAUGUUCGUUCCUUGGCCUUAUGUGACUUUGAUGGUGAUGGGAAGAAAGAGCUUCUUGUUGGAUCAGAGGAUUUUGAUAUUCGAGUUUUUAAAGAAGAUGAGAUUGUGGCAGAAAUGACAGAAACAGAGGUAAUCACCUCUCUUUGCCCAGUGUAUGGCAGUCGAUUUGGUUAUGCCCUUUCCAAUGGCACUGUUGGAGUUUAUGACAAAGCAGCACGAUACUGGAGAAUUAAAUCCAAAAACCAUGCCAUGAGCAUUCAUGCUUUUGACCUUAAUAAUGAUGGAGUUUGUGAACUGGUAACUGGGUGGUCCAAUGGGAAGGUUGAUGCUCGAAGUGACCGAACUGGGGAAGUCAUCUUUAAAGACAACUUUUCUUCUGCAAUUGCUGGUGUGGUAGAGGGAGAUUACCGGAUGGAUGGCCACACACAAUUGAUCUGUUGCUCAGUGGAUGGGGAAAUACGAGGCUACCUGCCAGGCAUGGCUGAGCUGAGAGGGAACUUCAUGGACCCCACUGCAGAGCAGGAACAGAUCCGAGAACUAAGUCAGAAGAAACAGAAUCUGUUGUUGGAACUUCGUAACUAUGAGGAAAAUUCCAAGAUGGCAUUGAAUAGUCCACUGAAUGAGACUGAUGGACAUCGGGGUGUAAUCCCAGCCAAUACCAGGAUUCACACCACCCUCUCAGUCAACCUUGGGAAUGAGGCUCAGGCUGCUCAUGCAGAAUUGUGUAUUUCCACUUCUAAUGACACCAUUAUCCGAGCAGUAUUGAUUUUUGCAGAAGGGAUUUUUCUAGGUGAAAGCCAUGUGGUACACCCCAGCAUUCACAGCCUCUCCAGCUCUGUCUACAUCCCAAUUACGCCUCCCAAAGAUGUCCCUGUGGAUCUGUACUUGAAAACCUUUGUGGGCUACAGAAGCAGCACCCAGUUUCACGUAUUUGAAUUGACCAGACAACUCCCUCGAUUCUGCAUGUAUGCUCUGAUCAACCCAGACUCUGCCACUGAACCAGUGAGUUAUGUUAACUUCAUCAUUGCAGAACGGGCACAGAGGGUUGUUACAUGGCUCAACCAGAAUUUUCUGUUACCAGAUGAUAUUAACACUCAGAAUGCUCCAUUUCAAGUGUGUUUUACAUCUUUGCGGAAUGGUGGCCAGCUGUUUAUAAAAACAAAGCCCAAUGGAGAGAUUACUAUAAAUACUGAUGAUAUUGAUUUGGCUGGUGAUAUCAUCCAGUCGAUGGCAUCAUUUUUUGCUAUUGAAGACCUCCAGGUAGAAGCCAAUUUCCCUCUCUACUUUGAGGAAUUACGAAAAGUGCUGAUUAAGGUGGAUGAAUAUCACUCAGUGCACCAGAAGCUCAGUGCUGACAUGGCUGAUAAUUCUAAUCUGAUUCGAAGUCUGUUAGUCCGAGCUGAGGAUGCUCGUCUCAUGAGGGACAUGAAAACAAUGAAGAGUCGCUAUAUGGAACUUUAUGACCUUAAUAAAGACUUGCUAAACGGAUAUAAAAUUCGCUGUAACAAUCACACAGAGCUAUUGGGAAACCUCAAAGCUGUAAAUCAAGCAAUUCAAAGAGCAGGUCGUCUGCGUGUUGGAAGACCAAAGAACCAAGUGAUCAGUGCCUGUCGGGAUGCAAUUCGAAGCAACAACAUCAACACACUGUUCAGAAUCAUGAGAGUAGGGACAGCUUCUUCUUAGGAAAUGGGUAAUGAAUCAGCAAAUAUCUGUUUCUUAAAAAUCAGGGCUAGUUUGCCUCAGAUCACAUACUGUUGAGACCCACAGUACUGAGAGUGAAAACAACCUUGGUAAGUUUACAAGUGAGAAACAAAGCACUGCAUCUGAAAAGUGUGAUUACUGUUUUAAAUCAAUAGCACCACUACUCAAUAAUACAAAAAUAGUACAUAAUUUUGUAUGGAAGAAAGUGGACAGUUUGGAAACAGAAGGGUUUAGAGUCAGAAUUUUCUGUAUGUAAAGUUAGUGUAUAGAGAACAUCCAUUUUUCUUGAAAUUGUAAUUGAAUUUGUACUUUGAAAACCAUGUACCUAGUUUUCCAUUAAAAUUUAAAGGAAUUGACUGUAAAAUCA